AUGAUAACGUUACAGGUCGAACUCUAUCCCGACUCUGGAGUGUUCUUACCCAGUUCCGAUCUGGCAGCUAUCAAAAUUGCUUCAAACAAGCCUACCGUUUUGGCUAGAAAUUUGUUUCGGCGAUUGUUCAGCAUAGAAGAGAUGUCGAGCCAUUCAUUGUUCGGAAAAAAGUGCAACGCGAAUCAGGGCCAGGUCCCACUUCCAGAAAUUGAUGUUGGAAGACGAAAUGCAGUAAUCAACUAUGUCUUAAAGGAGGAGGGAUUUGAUGCACCCCCAACUACAGGAAACAUUGAAGCAGACGGAAUCUUCUUGAAAGCGAAAAAAACUACACACAAGGAGAUAUCAAAAUCGUUGACAGAGCUUCUUCGUCAAGAACAUAAGCAGCGAGUAAUUAGUAAUUACAGAUUAGUCACGUAG